GUAAGACGCCGACGACAUCUUCUUAUAUAUCUUCGAAAAGCAAGGACUCGUUUCCCAACACUAACAUCAACGAUACGUCGAUUGUGACAAAGCAGUAGAUUAAGUAACUCAUUUCAAAGCAGUUUGACAUUUUUGAUUAGUGAUGAGCCUGAUGAAUUACGAUUGUGAUGCGGUGUUUGCAGAAAAUCUGACUGACAAGCUACACUUAAGGAAGUUAGCUCCUGAGCUUUUGAGUACAACUGCGCAGGAUGCUACAACUAAAAAAAUGGAAGACAAUAUGAAUUUACAAUUCGUCAGUACCCCGGAUGUUGCAAGUUCAUCGGCUCGUGUGAUAUUGGAGUAUGUGUUCACGGACCAUACUAAUUAUCAGUUCUGGAGUAAAGUCAAAGUUGUGGAUUUUGAACCGAAGACUGUGAAGGAUUGUCCUGCAUGGGAUAGCUAUAUGUGGAACAGUAUUAAUCAAAGAGAUUCUGAAUUUUUCGACAUGAUAAUGAAGCCAGUGGCCAUGUUUGAAAAUCCUUUUCUGAAAAGUCCACAUAAACUGGUUCUCUGCGACAUGUGGCAGACAUUGGACAAACCUGCAGGAAUUAAUACAAGAGUUCACUGUGUUGAAACAAUGGAGAGGCUGAAACAUGAUCCAUCUACAGGGCAUAAACCCAAAGAGCCACACGACCCUUGGUUUGGAUUCGAGCAAGAGUACAUUGUGACAAAAAGGGAUGGAAUGCCAGUGAGUUAUGACGCCCAAUAUGACUAUUCCUCACUCAUUAUCUACUGUAGUAUUGGACACGAACACGACAAAAAUGUUGGUCUCGAGAGAGAUUUAUCGAUGAAACACUUGCAGGCUUGUAUUUACGCGGGGGUGAAGGUUUGUGGAUGCAUACGGGAAAAUGGACCAUCGCAGUGGGAGUAUCAAGUGGGACCUUGCCUGGGGGUAGCUGCUGGAGACCAUCUACAGAUGUCUCGCUACAUUUUACUGAGACUGGCGGAACUAUACGGACUGAGAGUUACCCUGAAAGCCGCUCCAGUCAAGGGAGAGUCAUUCUUUUCUGGUGGACAUUUAAACUUCAGCAUCAGAAAAAUGAGGGAAGAAGGAGGAAUCAAAUUUAUUCACCAUGCAAUUAAAGUAAUGUCAAAAUCCGACCAAUGCCCUCUCCUGAAAUUGUAUGACCAAACUCUAGAAAAAGACAAUACAGAGAGACUUUCCAACACUACAGGACAUUGGCAUCCUACACAGGAUGAUUUCCUUGUGGAUGGGGAACACAAGGAAUUCACGACAAUUAGGAUCCCUCCCCUUGUAGCAGCAGAGGGGCGGGGCUAUCUGGAGGACCGCAGACCCCCGUCCUCUGUGGAUCCAUAUGGCGCCUCUGCUGGACUUGUCCGCGCUUGCAUUUUUGGUGACUUCCUGAAGCCAGGUUAUGAGUCUCUCAAGGAUCUGUCAGUAUGGGAUAAAGGCGCAUCAGAGCUGGAUUAAUUCUAUUUCAGCUGUCUGUGACGUUUUACUUAUCAUUUUUUGUUUUCCUAGACAUGAUUAUCUCGAUAAUGUAGUAUUUAUGCCCCUAAAUUAGUCAUUGGAAUUAUAUGCACUGGAAUAAAGUACUCGCGUUUCAUGCUCAUUUCAUUAACACUGCUUGUAUUCAAUCCUUGAUAUUUACAUUUGCCAAUGUGUUUCCUUAUAUGACAAUCCGAAUUUCAAUUUUUGAUGACAUGAAGUUACGUGAUCAAAUUUUCUUACAAUCAUCGCUUCAAAGGUAUUUGGGUCAAUUGUACACGGCACUUUCACUUGGCUUCUUGCUAUGAUAUCAUAACGGCAGUAAAAUUAAAUACAAAACACGUAUCAGAAUAUUUAUAUAGUUUAUUUUGUAAACGGACAAGAAUUUCAUCAAGUAAUAAAACAUCAGAAAC